AUGAUGACUAAUCGAAUUUUACGAGGUCGGUAUUGCAUUGGAGAUUCGAUUGCUGUUUGGUACAAUCCAGCAGAGAAUACUGAAUACGACCCAAUGAUUGAAAGUUGUUUUCUUGAAAUCUAUUUGUUCCACAAUCAAGAACAAAUGACCGAAUUUAUCCAUACAAUAGUAACCGAACGGAUCUUUUUAAUUUUAUUCGAUGAUUCUAAUGAAGAUUUAAUAAAAACUAUUCAUGAUUUAAAACAAAUUGCUGCGAUCUAUAAUCUGAGUAAAACCAAGUUAUCCGACGGAACGGAGAAUUUAUUUCGAAAAUUUCAAGGCAAUUUCGAUUCUAUUGAGAAUCUUUGUCGAUCAAUGCGGAAAUAUAAACGACAAACAGCAAACAGUCAAACAAAAAUGACGAUUUCUAAACUGAACGAUAAUGAAAUUGAACCAGCAUUCAUUUACGCUAAAUUACUAACAGAGAUUCUUUUAAAAUUUGAUUAUACUGACGAUGAUAAAAACAAUUUUGUUGAAUAUGUUAAAUCUCAGUGUCCAAACAGUAAUAGUGUACAGAAUAUUAUACAAAAACUUUAA